CUGUUCUCGUGCACGUGAAGCAACCGGAGCUCUCAACAACCGUCAAACUGGCUGAUAUAUUCUACGUCGGGGCCUGGGGAGGCCAUGGUCCAGGACUCAUGACUACGCCGUCGCAAACCUCGUCGAUAGCACGCCGCUCUCUCACACCCACACCGAAAACACCCUCGCGAACAAAGCACCUCUCACACUCUGUCUCGACGCCUCAUCUCCACAAAGACAUGGCCGCUGUUGCUACUGCUCCCCGCCUGCAGGACAUAUUCCAUUCGGAUUCGGACAUGCUCAAUACCAUCCCUGAUCCAAGGUCUUCAACUCCUGCUACCCCGAUUUCGCGACAAGGCUCUACAGACUCCGGUCGUCAUCCAGAUCUAUCUUCGGAGGUCGCAACGCUGAGCACAAAGCUCGUAAACGCGAUAAAUCAUCAGACUGACUUGGACGAUUCGUUGCAAGUAACGCGACAUGAGCUAGAUACUGCAAAGGAAACCAUAGCAAAGCUGCAGGCGCAAGUGAAGGAGCACACAGACGCUGUGAACCAUGGAUUGUGGAUCAAGAGAGAAAGGUUUGAUGCAGCACAAAAAGAAAUGGAAGAGGAACGCAAGAACAGAAAGAUAAUGGAGAAAGAGAAGAAACGCAUGGAAUCUGAACUCGAAAAUUUAACCACAGCGCUUUUCGAAGAGGCCAAUGCCAUGGUCGCAGCCGCUCGUAAGGAGACGGAAGCAUCCGAGAAACGCAACGACCAGCUCAAGAAUCAACUCCAAGACUCAGAGAUUCUGCUUCGCUCACAUCAGGAUCAGCUCCAUGAUCUCAAGUCUGUUAUGGAGAAAAUGAGCGAACGCGAUGAGAGUGAGAGUAACGCGCAAUCUUUUACAGCUCCUUCGACCCCUGGAGUGAACGCGCAAGACAAGGUUACUCGUAUGCUGGAUCCUAGUAAUGGCUCGCCUGUGACACCAACGCACGAGGAAACAGCUCCCGAUCACCCGCUGCAUUGGUCGCAUCUCAUCAACCCUGUUUUACGCACUGACUUGCACACUUACACCGAGUUUCAGGAGCUACUUCGACAGGGACGCAUCUUCUCCAAUCCGCCCAGUCGUGUUGGCAGCGGCAACUAUAGUACCUUGAAUCUCAGCGUCUUGGGAAGUCUGACACAGCAUUCCAACGGUUCCUUGACGUCUCUUGCGACUCUGAAGUCUCCCCAAAGUACUCCCAGCUCUGUUCCAGGAGGAUCUCCACGAAUCCCCGGCAAUCUCCCUCCAUUGAAAGAGACGCCGUUCUUCAAAAGAGCAAUCACAGAGGACAUUGAGCCCACACUGCGGCUUGAUCAAGCGCCAGGUGUAUCAUGGAUGGGAAGACGCACAGUUCUUACCAGUAUCAUUGCUGGCAGCUUGGUCGUUGAACCUCACCCGCCGGUGAAAAAGCACCGAGGCCCUGUAUACGCAUGUUCGAUGUGCGGUGAAGCUAGAGCUGCUGAACAGUACUCUCGUAAGUAUCGAUUCAAAACUUCUGAGGCCGAAGAUGCUCAGAGGUAUCCACUCUGUGACUGGUGUAUGGGACGCCUCCGGGCAACAUGCGACUACGUCGGGUUUUUGCGCAUGGUGCAAGCUGGCCACUGGCGCGCCGAUUCUGAAGAGGAGCAGAAGACGGCCUGGGAGGAAGCAGUUCGAUUUCGAGAACGAAUGUUCUGGUCGAGAAUUGGAGGCGGGGUCAUUCCUGCGAUAUCCUACAGGGACUGCCUAAGAAGUCCUGCUCAUGCCCGCGCCGAUGUGAGACAUAGCGAAGACAGCAACCUUACAUCGAGUACAACGAAUAUUGUCGAGAUGGACGAAACUAAGGAUGAUCCUUUUGCCGGUGAUAGCAAGGCAAAGCGGGUGUCUAUUGGCAGGACGAGUGUAGCCGAGAUUAACGGAAUCAGCAGUCCAGAGAGUGACUCCAACUCAGAACCCGGGUCGGUGGACAGUCAUGAUGCUCAAGAACUGGCAUCAAAUCAACUCCAAAGUGAAGAUGCCAUUGCUUCUGCGAAACUAGAUUCUACGACCUCCGCGGAGCCGGAGACAAGAAUCCCUGGCUCAUUCGACUGAGCUCCUUCAAACAAAACUACAAUCACAUAUACACACGCAUCUACGAUGGCCUCUCGGGAAUGAGAGUACUCAAACUCUACAAU